CUGCUGCUGCGGCGGCGGCGGCGGUGGCGAAGCGUGCCCAGAGCCCUCAGAGCCCACCACGCACUUCGCUUGAUAAAGAUCCUCACCACCACCAACACCAACAACGCCCACCUCACCCUCGUACCCCCUCCCACGCCCACCUUCCUGCCAUCCGUACCGGAGACCUUUCACGACAGAGCUCGACGCGCAGCGCCAUGCGGCGGAGUAGCGACGGCGACAUUGCUGCUGCGGCCGGGAUUGAUAAGGAGGAUAUCCAUGUGUCGAGCCCUACCCCCGCCGCAUCGUCGUCCCCAGCCACGCCGCCCAUCGAUCCCGCUGCUGCCGCCGCUGAGCAGGAACUGACCCGCAACAGCCCGCUCCAGGGGGAGAUUGAGCGCCUCUCGGCCCUAUGUGACCAGCAUGAGCUCAAGUUUCGCUCGUUACGAACGUCGUUCGAGCACCGCGUGUUCUCCGAGUUCCCGAAUGUGCUCAAGACGUUUUCCGAGCUCGACCAGCGCGCCGACCGCAUUACUGCCGACCUCAACAUCUCGAUCAACAAGUCUGAGCCCGUGUUCCACACGCGCAUCGACCUGCUCCUCGACGACCGCAAGGCGGACCUCGAGACGCUGCGUAGCAGAACCUCGCCAUGGCGCGCGAUCGUGCAGGAGGCCCUCGAGGACCUCCAGAGCAGAGGGCUACAUGAGCGGAUUGAGCGCAUCAAGGGCGCCGGUGAGGAGCGCAACGACGGCGACAUGCUGUCGAUUCUCGAGCGAUACUCGGAACACAUUGAGAACGAGCUCCGCCAGCAGAUUGCGGUCCUCCGGGCCCAGCUCGCCGAGCAGCGCUACAAGAGAAGUCUGAGGUUGAGGUUCUCCAUUGCUUUCUUCGGCAUCUUCUUCGCCCUGUUGUUCGCGCUGUGGCUCAACCACAGGUUCAGCAGCUACCCCCGGCGCAAGGUGGCGGCGGAGUGAGCGAGGGAAGGAGCCACAACCCAAGACGAGCGUCGAUGGGAGCCAGCGAGCUUGGUCACGACGCACAGACGCAAGCAGAUAUAAUCAUACACCGGGCUCAUUGAGGCCACACAGACUUGUAGAUGUUUGUACAUGUUGCAUGGUAGAGCAUAGAUUGUG